AUGCCGCAAUAUAUAAUGGAAAGAUUACAACCAUCUCAGUCUGAAUCAGAACUACCACACUUAUAUUAUAAUCCUAACGAUCACAAAAUAGGAGAACCUUUAAGGCCAAUUGUAAGUGGAAUAAAAUCCCCGUUGGCAAAAUUGUCUAGUUUCUUGGACAAAAUCAUACGUCCUCUGUUCGAUAAACAUACUGACUAUGCGCUUUCUAAUUCGAGAACAUUUUUGAAAUAUUUAAAAGAAUUUAAAACAACAACAGAAACGAAUCUAUACAUGUUCGAUAUCACAGAUUUGUAUACCAUGAUUCCGCAAAAAGAAGCGGUAUUAGCUAUACGUGAAUUUUUAGGAAGGCAUGGAUAUCAAAAAGUGCAAGCUCUAUCAAUAAAUACGAUAAAAAAAAUGUUCUUACAUGUAUUAGAAAAUUCCUUUUUUGUACUACAAUUACCAGGAAUGAAACCAAAAUUUUAUCAACAAAUUCGAGGAGGAGCGAUGGGUUCAGCCUGCACUCAAGUGCUUGCUGAUGUCUAUGUGAAAAAAUGGGAAAGUAAAUUUGUGGAGCAACAAAAACAACAAGAACAACUAUAUUUCAGAUUUAGAGAUGAUGUUUUCUUCACCACUACACUACCACCUCAACAAAUAGAAAGAAAUCUAACAGAAUUGAAUGAGAAAGAUCAUAAUAUAAAGAUAACAUGGGAAAGUGGUAGGAAGAUAGAUUACUUAGAUGUAACAGUCAAUAUAGAAAUUCCAAAUUUCAGAACGACUGUAUUCAGAAAACUAGCAGCUCAACCAUAUGUAUUACCUUUUCACUCUUCACAUCCGCAGCAUGUAACAAGGAACAUACCAUACGCGGCGGCACAUAGAGCCACACGUAUAUGUUCUCACCCUGAAGACCUAAAAAUAGAGCUUGACAAAAUUAGAAUCAUGCUUUUAUUGAACAAAUACCCCCCAAAAUUUAUUGACAAACAGACAGGAAGAUUUUUUCGAGAUACAACAGGUACGCAAACUACAGAGUUACUUUAA